AGAAUGUGCGCAUGUGCCACAUUUUGUUUCGGGGAGCUAUGACGUCAUGAAGUCUGCGAGGUGUCCGCUCGACGCCUGCGAAUAAGUACGAACGAGCCUCCUCGCCAUCAUUAUAUGUGUUUAAAUCCCACGACAAUGCAUGCUAUCAGUGUGACUAUUCCGUCUUUUCGCUCGGAGAACAACAACGUCGAGCGAGGAUACACGGUGUUUAGAGUGGACGUGCUGAUGAGUGGAAGGCAACACAGCGUGGAGAAACGCUACAGUGAAUUCUACACUUUGCAUAAAACGCUGAAAAAGAGCAUCAAGCCGCCUGAGAUCCCUUCCAAACAUAUCAGAAACUGGGUUCCCAAAGUGCUGGAGCAGAGGAGACAUGGUCUGGAGCUCUACCUGCAGACUAUAAUUAUGGAGAACGAGGUUCUUCCAAAGAUAUUCCUGGACUUCCUCAAUCUGCGCCAUUUCCCCUCCUUGCCAAAAACCGAGAGCUGCGGGUCCUUUGACACCGACUCCAUGGAAUCGAGCAAACUUUCGCACCAGCCAGUCAUGGUGUUUCUGAAUGACCCCUACCUGCUGCCCGACCCCCACGAUGCUUUUUCAAACGUCGUGAUCGAAGGCGUCAUACAUGGAGUUUUCUACGCUGACCUCCAGCCCAGAUAGAACUUCUUGCCAAGACACAAAGACGCAGCACAUUUUAGAGAAACCGAAGCUUACUUGCAUCUUCAACAGACAUAUUUUUGCACAUUUAUCACCGUCCACCUGAGCCAUUCAAAUCUAAAUAAGUUCAUCCUAACAUGUGUCAGUAGAAAAGGGGAUUUAUUUGACGGCAGCUGUGAGGGAACCAGAAGGGUAAUGAGGCGUUCAGGGACAACUGCAGAGUUGGAUGAGAGCCUGCCACUCCCCGGAGAAGCCCAGUGCCAGGGUCACAGCGGUCUGCCACUGGGAAGGAUCAUCGGGUUCGUUUGGGACGGACUUUUACUUCCACUAUGAGAUUGUUGUGACACUUGUUCCUUGGGCCAGUAUUAUUAUUUCAUGAAUUGUGCAAUAUGAAAUCUUAUUUUUAGGCGGUAUAUGAAUUCAUGUCGACCAUUUUUAUACGCCACCAGACCUCAUUAACAUCUGCACAUUUGCUUUGAAUUGCUGUGAUUUCACUACAAAUCCACAACUCUGCGGUAGAUUUGUCGUCUCGUUGUACUAAUCCAAUCUAACCAUGUGAAGAGUCGUAUUGUGCCAUAAAAGGGAUGAAAUAUGCAAAGCACUGACUACAUUUUUUAUGAUUAAAAAGAACGUCUGACAUCAAAAGAUUUUUAUUGUGUUU